AUGGGCUUUCCCUCAAGCCCAGAAAUGCAGCUCCUCUACUUUGGGCUCUUCUCAGUAGUCUACAUCCUGACUCUGAUGGGGAAUACGGCCAUCGUCUAUGCUGUGCCGUGGGACCGGCAUCUUCACACCCCCAUGUACAUCUUCUUGGGCAAUUUCUCUCUCCUAGAAAUAUGUUAUGUCACCACGACCAUCCCUACUAUGUUGGCCAAUUUCCUGUCCACAAGCAAGUCUAUCUCCUUUGUGAGCUGUUUCACACAGUUCUACUUCUUCUCUUUUGGGUGUUAUGAGGGCUUCUUCCUUUGCAUCACGGCCUUUGAGAGGUACCUUGCCAUCUCUCAUCCUCUACAUUACCCACAAAUCAUGACUAAACAGCUGUACACCGGCCUUGUCAUCUUCGGAUGGUCAGGUGGGGUCAUCCUCUCCCUAACCCCAAUUGUUCUCAUUUCACAGUUGCCCUUCUGUGGCCCAAAUACCAUCAACCAUUUUUUGUGUGAUCCUGUCCCACCGAUGACGCUGUCUUGUUCUGAAGACACCAUCACUCAGCUCAUUUACUCUACUUUCAAUGCUAUUUUCAUGAUUGGGACCUUCCUCUUUAUUCUUUACUCCUAUGCUCUGGUGAUUCUGACUGUGCUAUGGAUGCCCUCAUGGGCUGGAAAACACAAGGCUUUCGUCACGUGUGCUUCUCAUUUGGCUGUUGUCAUCCUGUUUUAUGGCUCCAUUAUGGUGAUGUAUAUUAGUCCUGGAUCAGGACACCCAGUGAAAAUUCAAAAAUUCAUUACCUUAUUUUAUUCUGUGAUAACACCCUUUGCAAUCCUCUAA